CGCAUCCCCUUCCACCAUGUCCCAACUCGUCAUCUUCGACUUCGAUGGCACCCUCUUCGACACCUACGAGGCCAUCGAGCACUCCAUCCGCCUGACCUUCCAGGAGCUGCUGCCCAUCCAUCCCCCCCCGUCCCCGGCCGCCAUCCGCCCGCUGGUCUCCACGGGGGCGCCCCCCGGCGACACCUUCCGCGCCCUGCAUCCCGACCCCGGCGCCUUCGACGAGACCCGCUGGGUGCCCCGGUACCGCGAGAUCUAUGCCAUUCACAGCCAGGCGCGCACCCGCCCCUACCCCGCCGCCCGCCAGGUCCUGCACGCCCUGCGCGCCCAGAACCAGCCCGUCGCUAUUAUCAGCAACAAGGCGGCAGCUGCCGUGACGGCGGCCCUGGAGAAAUCGGACCUGCUGGAUUACAUCCCCGAGGACUUGAUCCUCGGUUAUGGGGUGCCCGGUGUGGAGCGCAAACCCGAUCCCUCGAGCUUCACCGACAUCCUGUUGCCCCGUCUGAAGGCACACGUCGGGGCGGACUGGACCGCUGAGGGGCGCGUGCUGAUGGUUGGAGACACCCUGACGGAUAUCCACUACGCCCGCAACAUCGGGGCCCAGGUGUGCUGGUGCCGCUACGGUCAAGGCGAUCAGGAGGCGUGUGAGGCCCUGCAGCCGGAUUAUAUCAUUGAUGCCUUGGAGGAGGUGCUCGCGCUGGUGAAGGGACAGGCCCCGUGAAGGCCCGGGAUCCCCGCCACAUCCGGGACCACUAGUUGACGGAUGGGAUCGAGGGAUGCUACGUAGACUUCCCCUAUAGAGCUGGGCUGGCAGGGAGGGGAUCGAUGGGAGGGUUGUUCCCCCCCCGUCGAUGUAGCCCGCAGACCUGAGGUCUGCGGCGGUGAUGCCGUCGCCUGGACUCCAGGCCGUCUGCCCAGCAGCGUGCUGACCAUUGGCUUCUAGACGCUCACGCGCAUGCAUCCCACAGCCCGUGCUGUGGACACCUGCUCCUCGAAGAUCUCUCUUCCCAUCAGCGCUCGCGGCCACCAACCCGCACCCUAUCCAAUGUACUCACAUUUUUGGCAGCCACUGGCGUCGCUGGGAGUCUACUGGUCUUGUAUGGAG